GACGGCCCGAGCGCCGUCCUCCGCCACAACUUCGCCAUGGGCGCGCGCUAGCCCCGCCCUUCUUAUCCCCGUUCCCCGACCACCUAUGGCCGCUGCUGCCCCUCUCGUCCCAUGGCACUCCUCGCGCUCCGCCUCGGCCACGGCAGCAUCCUCCCCGCCCCGCCGCUCCGCCCCCAGCGCCAGCGCCAGCACCUCGUCGUCUCCUGCAGCGCCGUGAGCGACGGGGGCGCGGCGGUGGUGUGGUUCAAGCAUGACCUCCGCCUCGACGACCACCCGGGCCUCGUCGCUGCCUGCGCCGAGCCCAGCCGCCCCGUCGUGCCCCUCUACGUCUUCGACAGCCGCAUCCUCGCCGGUUACUCAGACACAAGGCUGGAACUUCUACUUUUUGCUUUGAAAGACCUUAAGUUGGCAUUGAAGUCUCAACGGUCUGAUCUGCUCAUAGGCUUGGGAAAUGCUGAAGAUGCUGUUCUGAAACUCGCAAACGAGGUACAAGCGGGUGUCAUUUAUACAGAAGAGGAAGUUGAACACAGUGUGUGCAGUGUUUUAGCCAAUGUUGAAUCUUCUUUGUCUAAUGGAUCAUUCACACGGGGAAACCCUCCUGAGAUAAAGUUCUGGACUGCCCCAUUGUAUGAUUAUAAGAGUUUGCGGCAACUGUCAACAUCACGCAACCAAUUUUUGAAUGAGAAAUUCUCGACAACUACAGCUCUCCCUGCCCCCACUCUUCCUACUCUAAAUGUGGAGUUAGACACAGGUUCUCUACCCACACUUGAAGAACUAAAGGUAUUCCUGAAAGAGAGCAGAAUGGCACAAGAUAAUUGGGUUCCUAUCAAGAGCACGUCAGCAAGAUCUAUGCUAAAAGCCGCCCUCAUUCAGAGGAAGAUUAAAAGUAAUGUUUCCUUAAGUGACGGCGAUGGAGGAAACAUAGAAGAUAUCACCACAAGUGCUGGUGCAUCAGGGAGGAAAAUAGCUGGUUCAAUGUUUGCAUCGGAAAGUUCACUUGAAGUUAGAGGUGGAACGGAUAUUACUCUGGAUGCUUUAGAAGCUUACCUGAAAUACCUAGAAGGCACAGGAAAGGCUAGUUGGCAAGAGUUGCAUGAUAAGGUGCGCUUUGCUGAAACCAGGGAUGGUGCUUCGUUUCACACGUUAUUUGGUAAUGCAAUUCAGCUUGGAGUCAUAUCUAGGAGGAGAGCUUACCAAGAAACUAUUCAAUAUGAGAGAGAUCGCAAUGCUGGCUUUCUAUCACCGUUUGGAUACUCAACCCCUACAGUGACAUCAGCAGUAGAUGCUAUCUGUUCAUUGGAGUGGUACUGGCUCUUGGCAUUGAAAUCCCAAGUAUCCAUUGAGGAAAAUUAUCCUUUAAAGUUUUGGAGAUGGAAGGGUUAUCUUAUACAGUAUACAUCUGUUGGCCAUGAAGGUCCUGCAGUUCUUCUCGUGCAUGGCUUUGGAGCUUCCUUGCAGCACUUUCGUGAUAAUAUCAGCAACAUUGCUGAUGAAGGACACCGAGUUUGGGCAAUUACCCUUCUUGGCUUUGGGAAAUCAGAGAAACCAAAUGUUGACUAUUCAGAACUUCUGUGGUCAGAAUUACUGAGGGACUUCAUUGUUGAUGUUGUGAGGGAGCCUGUUCAUUUUGUAGGCAACUCUAUUGGAGGUUAUAUCUGCGCUAUUGCUGCUGGCUUAUGGCCUUCCCUUGCAAAUUCUCUUGUUCUUCUGAACUCAGCUGGUUCAGUUGUUCCAAAUUACUCCUUCAUCCCACUGAGUAAAGAAGGACGGACCUCAUGGCUUUCAAGGUUGCAGGCACGCCUCCUUUUGCUCUUUUUGAGGUCAAGGGCAGGAGGCAUUCUCAAGGGAUACUAUCCUACUAGAACUGAACGGGUUGACAAGCCACUCGUGGAUGAGAUUAUAAGAGCUUCAUAUGACCCUGGUGCAACAACAGUUAUCGAGAGCGUAUUCAACUUCAAUCUUUCAAUUCCUCUUAAUUUUCUAUUCGAUUCUUUUGGAGGGAACAUCUUAGUUAUUCAGGGAAUAAAAGAUCCGCUUAUAAAAUCCGAGUCAUUCGUUUCCAUGCUUAGAGAGCAUUGCAGCAAGGUCCAAAUUAGGGAGUUAAAUGCAGGUCAUGCUCCGCAUGAUGAAGUUCCUGAUGAAGUGAACUCCUUACUGUCUGAAUGGAUGAAAACGAACAAGACUGAACUUAAGCCAGCUUUGGAGAAGUCCAAGGCAAUUUAGAAAGGUGUCUUCCUCGGCAAUGGACCAUGGUUUCAUCAUGAUGAGCAUGCACUACGUCAUUAUUGCAUUUAUCGAGCUCCAUUCAACGUAAUAUCGACCAAUCGCUGGCGACAUGCACCCUUUGGAAGAUCAUGCGAUGCCCCUAUCAGUUUGGUCGCCUUCUUUCUCCGUUGAGAAAGAACCGAGCAUUAGCACUCCACGACAGCAACCUCUCCACUGUUCUUAGAGUCGAGAGUGAUAUCAUGUCAGUCAUGAUACAUGGUGUGAUUAAUCUGCCCUCUUUUUGCGUUGAUGUGCAAUCUUCAGUGAUUUGCUUGGCCUUUUUCUCGAGACUGUGAUUUGCUUGGCUUUGCUUUGCAUUUCAAGGAAUCUUGUACGUAGGUCCAGCAUCAGCAGCACUUGAUAUAUCCCUCUUAGUACGUACGAUCUUGGUUCUUUUUACUUGAAGUUUUUUACGAUA